CUAUGAAAUAAAGUGUUCUAGGGACAACUGAUUUUAAGUGAGCGGCAAAUGGGUAAUUCCGUAAUUCAGUUAUCCGCGUCCGACUCAAAAUUUCCUUUAUAUUGUGAGUUAUCUCCCCGUAAUAGUUGGGGAAACGUAUUUUUUCUGUUUUAACCAGAGAAUAGCUGUGUUUUCGUUAAUAAGCUAGAUAACAGUCUCAUACUGCAGUAACAGAAUGACUUCUUUUACGUUUCGACCACCGACAUUUCGUAAAAGCCUACCCAGUGCAGAUGAAUAUAAAUGUCAGAAAUGUUUAGAGAAGGGCCAUUUUACAUUUGAAUGUACUGGGAAAAGAAAAUAUGUACACCGUCCAUCCAGAACAAAAGAAAUGAUUAAAAAAAUGAAAAAAGAUGAAGAAUUAGAAAAAGAAAUGAAAUUGAAAGAAUUAAUGAAACAAAAUCCAGAAAAGAAACAAAGAAAAAAGAAAAAGAAAAGGUCAAGUAGUACAAGCUCUGAGUCUUCGUCAUCUUCAUCAUCGUCAUCAUCAAGUUCAAGUUCAGACAGUGAUACUAGUUCUUCCUCAGACAGUGAUUCAGACAGUUCAUCAUCAUCAUCGUCUUCCUCGUCGUCUUCAUCAGAUUCUAGUAGUGAUGAAAGUGUCAAGAAACGCAGCAAAAAGAAGAAGAGGAGAAAAUCAAGCUGAAUUUAUGAUAAACAAAAGAUAAAUCAAUAACAUUCUAGUUCUUAGAUUGCAAAUUUGGAUGCUAAGAAUUGAGAUAGCUUUUGUAUAAGCCAAAUUCAGGUUAACAUACAUGUACUGUAUGGUUUUUGUAAAAAAAAAUGGAGUAAUCUGUAUUUUCCUAGACUGACCUACAAAAACUACCAAAAAAUCUUAACAUUAUAUGAUCUUGGCUAUUUUUUUAAUGCAUCUUCUGUUUCCUUUCAAUCUUUUAGCUCUGAACAUUCUUGUUGAAUAUUCAUAAAAAAAAGAUCUUCAAAUUCUUCUUCCCCCAAAAAUCUGAUAUUUUUUACUUUGUUUGAUAAAGUCUGGCAAACCAAUUCCCUUUCACUGAGGCAGCUAUAUAUUUUGUCUUCUAUUGCAUCACAAAAUUUUGUUCAGUUGAGAAUAUAAGUUUUAAAAAAGGAAUGACUUCAAACAUUUGACAAUUCAUCAUAUUUCUCUGUUGGCAUUGCUGAUCAAGUGAUUGCUAAUUCAUUUCUUAGUUUGUUCUUUCCAUGGAUAUAUUGAAGCUUGUGUAAAUACAAUGUGGAAAAAAAAAUGUUUUAAGUUGGAUUAUUUUCCUUGAAAUUGUUUUAAUUAUUUUCUAUGUAUAUUAGUUUUUUAAAUUCAGAAAUUAAUGUGAAUAUUUAUUAUUGCAAAUCAUUAACCUUUGGCAAAAAUGCUAAAACUUAUUCAUGUGAUUGCAAAAGUUUUAUGAAUGAAAAUCACUACUGAAGUUCUGAAUGCAAGAUUUUUUGUUGCAGCCGUAACUGUCAUAUUUUAGGUAUUAAUAAAAAGGAAACAAUAAUUUCUGAAUUUAGAGACUGAUUUUAAGAUAUUUAUAGUAACAUUGAUCUUGAAGAUGUACUUUUAACAUUAUAAACAAAAGAUAAGUAAUACAAAUAGGUUUUUAAUACAAUUGUUUAUAUACAUCUGUAGUCAGUUAAUAAUUUAUACUUUUAACGCAACUACUGCACAGUUGAAACAUAAUAGCACAUAAAGAUAUAACAACAUUUUUUACUUAUUCUCGGUGAAUUACAAAAUUAUGUUUACUUAAUUUCGGUGAUUUGAUUUUUAAAAUACUUGAAAAUUUUGUUAUAUUUUACUUUUUAUUAUCCAGAAUUUUAUAUAGUAUGAUUAGGAUAAUAAAUUACAUAUCUGAUGGAACUCAAAUAUACAAUAACUGCUCAUAUAAAAAAGUUUUAAUUUGAAAAAACAUGAGCAUUGAUGAAAUAAAUAUGUUUCUGGGAAUCAACUUUAAUGAACAGUGUUGAUAAAUUGUGAUAAUAGAUUAUUAAAGAGUUUUAAUAUGUA